AUUGCAAAGAGUGCGAACACAGCGGCAGUGCACUUGAGGCUACACUAGGGGCGGAGUUUGACCUCCCAAGUCUCCAAACAUCACUAAUCCGCGUCGGACAUUCUGGCCACAAACCAUCACUGGCCUCGUUUAUCACUCACACAAAAAGGGAAGGGGAUGGGGGGAAUUUUAAGCGAAAUUAAAGUGUCCCGGACAGCUCUGUGGCACCAAGCAGAGGGUUAAGGCUGCAGCCUGCGUGUCGGAGGGAUUGCCAAUGGUGCACUAUGACAGAUAGCACUGCACAUAUCUGCAGUAGGCGCUCCUUGCCCGCUUUGGAUUCGCACGAUUUGGCGCAAAAACAGAAAAAACAUUGGAUUUUUGACAGACCACUGCGAUAGAUUCUGCAUCCCCUCUUUUUAAAGCUGCCCUUCAAUGUCUAGAAGCGCAUGUAUGAAGAUGCCCUGUGGCUGAUCUUGACCAUGCUUUCAACAAAGCGCUCGGCAGGAGCGUGGGGAUGAAAUGGAUGGAGCCAAAGGCCAAUGCACUGCAUCAGCUCCCGCUUUCCAGCAUGUCCAACGGCAGCAAGUCCCCCCCGCAGUCGGGAGAAGCUGCAAGCUCUAACUCAAUGGCAUGGGUGAAGAUGUUUAAGAAACCUGGAGGAGGCGGCUUGAAGAAGUCUUACCAGCCUGGCAGCAUGUUGUCUCUCGCUCUCACCAAAGGCCUCCUGAAUGAACCCGGACAGAAUAGCUGCUUUCUAAACAGCGCUGUUCAGGUGCUUUGGCAGCUGGACAUUUUCAGGAGAAGUUUGAGGCACCUCUCAGGGCACUUUUGUCUGGGUGAUUCCUGCAUUUUCUGCGCAUUGAAGAGCAUAUUCAGCCAGUUUCAGCAGAGUCGUGAGCGUGUGCUCCCCUCAGACAGCCUGCGGAACGCCCUUGCUGAAACAUUCAAGGACGAGCAACGCUUCCAACUUGGCCUCAUGGACGAUGCUGCCGAGUGCUUUGAGAACAUCCUGGAGCGCAUUCAUCUGCACAUUGUCUCAGACACUGCGACCGAUUCUUGCUCAUCCAAAUCCUGCAUUACUCAUCAGAAGUUUGCAAUGAUGCUCUACGAACAGUUUGUGUGUCGCUGCUGCGGUGCAUCAUCAGACCCUCAUCCGUUCACAGAGUUAGUCCACUAUGUCUCAACCACUGCUCUAUGCCAACAGGUAGAACGCACAACAGGGAGGACAGAGCGUCUCAGGUCAGACAUGUUUGGAGAAUUGCUGCAGGCGGCAAACAACACAGGCGACCUCCGCAACUGCCCCCGAGACUGCGGCCAAAGCAUCAAGAUCCGCCGUGUACUCAUGAACUGCCCAGAGAUCGUCACUAUAGGUUUUGUUUGGGAUGCGGAGCAGUCCGAUCUGACAGAUGACGUCAUUCGGUCACUCGGCCCACGGUUGAAUUUGUGUGGGCUUUUCAACCGUGUCACAGAUGAAAACGCCAAAAGGAGUGAGCUACAUCUAGUGGGGAUGAUCUGUUUCUCCAGCAAACACUAUUCAGCCUUUGCCUAUCACACCAAAUCUUCAAAAUGGAUGUUUUUUGAUGACGCCACUGUAAAGGAGAUCGGCUCCAAAUGGAAAGAUGUUGCCUCGAAAUGCGUCAGGGGACAUUUUCAACCACUUCUUCUGUUUUACACCAAUCCUGAAGGGACGGCGGUGUCUAACGAGGAUGCACCAAGACAGACCACGAUGUGUCCUCGAUACAAAGGCCAAGUAAAUGGUGAAGGAACAGUGAAAAAUCCUCUUGGCAGUCCAAAUAGAUUCCAGGAUCCUUUUAUGGAGAAUUUGCAGAGACCAGGUGAAACAACAAAAAAGGACCGAGUACACAGAAGAAUAGACACAUCCCAACAUAAAGAUAUGACACAUACAAGAUCGGCCUCUCCUCCUGGAAAUGGACCGAAGGAACAAAAAUGUAAAAGCUAUCCACGCAAUGAGAGGUCGCUGACCCAUUCGAGCAGAGCAUCUCAGGAACCACGUGGACAAUCCCGGCCCACACAGGGUGGGGGGCACAGCAAAAAGAACCACUCAUCUCCUAGUUGCUCCGAUCAGGACAGCUCCCAGGAUCAGUGGGAAAAUGGCGGGAGUGGAGGAAGCCGGAAUAAAUCAAAGUCUACUUGGAGACCCAUUCGUGAGGUGCUUAAUGUAGAUACGGUACUCAACGAACUGGAACAACGGCGUCAACAGCAACAUGACAGCCCUCGACACACGAAGACCUCGUCUCAGGAGCGGGUGCAUGCUGAACAAGGACGAGAUCGCGAGCGGGAACAUGUACGAACCAGAGAUGACCGCAAGCAGAAGUGUUUAAUGACCAUUUACGAGGACGAGCAGCGACAAGAGACUGAAAGCCACAGCUCAGUGGAGUCGGACAGUAAGGCUACACAACAGAGGGGCAGCAGGCUGACGGGUGGUGCCAAGACGCUUCUGAGGAGCGACACCUGGACAAUUCAGAGGACCGAGUCGGGCUAUGAGAGCAGCGACAGGCUCAGCAGUGGCUCCACAAAUCCGGACUCGCCGGGCGUUGACGGCUUUGCUGUCAAAGAGCAGAGGUCGACAACAGAAACCCAGUUCCAAAGCCAGCUGCACCCAAAGGGAGGCGAUGCAAAAUCGAGUCUAACGUCCUCACCGUCACACAAUGGUAAACAUCAGGCAAAACCUCAGGGAAGGAACCACGACCAGGUUUCACAUUCACAUCUUAAGUGCAGUCCAAGUUCAAGGCGCAAGUCCAAGUACACUUCCAGUAACUGCAGAAAGGCUUCAGAGCGGGAGUGCGUGGCUCCAGAUAACAGGCAGAGCGAGCAGCAGGAGCUGACAAGCAGUCGAGGCCAUGCGGGGGAAAGCGUGGCCCCAAGGCACGUUACCAAGACCAGCAGCUCGGAGUGGAACAGCUCAGAUGACCUCGCUCUCUCCGAGCCUGAGGAAAGAGACACUUACCGCUCCAAUGACGCCGCCGCCUCCGACCCACAGUGUCCUCACGUCCCCCUAACGUAUCAUUCCCCUGGCAAUGCCGCCAUAGAGCCUCUCCAGCUGAGCAAUCAGCGUCAGCUCAGCACGACAGGGACGGGCUCUCCCCACCUCCGACCCAGCCAGCGGCUCUCCCCUCAUCAGGGCGAAACAAGCGAGGCCGCGUUUCGCCCCAGGACGCUUCAAGAACCCUUUCAACCAAAUCCUCGCCUUUCCACCUCAUCCUUCGUCAGCCCCCACAGGAAGCCUGACAUCUCCGGCGUGCGGACCUUCUCGGACGCCAGCUCUAAGUCGGGCUCGGACCCGGAAAGGAGCACGCCGUCGUCAUGCGAGAGUGACGACAGACUGGCGGGGUACAGAGCAGAGCAGGCGGCGUCUACUCAGGAGGUUUCUCUCACCACGUACUUCAAUGUGGAUAACUGCAUGACGGAAACGUACCGUCUCAAGUAUCACAACCAGAGACCGCUGCUGCUGUCGGCCACGGUGCCACGAGCAGCAGGCCCAUCUGAGCGCCGAGAUGCUGCACUCGCUGCAGACACGCAAGAUGCGCAAGUAGCCAACCCUGAAUCAAGCAAUACAAGCAAUAAACCCACUGCAAAAUGGAACCCAGUGACAGCCAAAGGCCUGGAUGAACGAGGCUUUUUAUGACUCUACCCUUUGUUUACAUGCAUGAACUGUGUGGUCACAUGAGAUUGAAACUGGAUGCCAAAGAGUUUACAGAGUGGAAAUACACCUUAUGAACGAAAGUAUUGGGACACCUGCCCUUUUCUAUGACAGCAAUGGUGCCCAAACGUUUUGAAGGAAAAUUGAAAGGCAGGGGGGCACUUUGAUACAUUUUGUGCAUUAACAAUGCUAAAACCAAUCCAAUGUAGGUCAGUACAGUAUAUGCUAAGCUAUCUGAACAAAACAUUGACAUCUUAGCUUAAUGUGAAAGGUGACAAAGCAAAUUAGUGUAAUAGCUAAUAACAAGACAAGAAUUGACAUUUUGCACUGUUGGAUUUUAAGGUGGUUGUAGGUAGAGCUUCAAAAUGCAAAAAGUAGAAAUGGGAGUGAGACAAACACAUUUUUAAGUAAGCCAUUUAUUGCAAACAACCAUUAAACUGGGCGAGAGGCGGGGUGCACCCUGGACUGGUCACCAGCCAAUGGCAGGGCACAUAUAGACAAACAACCAUUCACACUCACAUUCAUACCUAUGGACAAUUUAGAGUCUCCAGUUAACCUAACAUGCAAGUUUAGGACUAUCCAAAAAACAAAACCCUCUUAAAAUAGAAAUAACAUUUUCAAAAAGGACUCAGUAAUGAGUAGCUGCGCCAUUCUGGUUAAUCUUUUCCAAAAUGAGUUUGGGCAUGCUUGAUGCCAGUGUUUCCAGGAGGCUAGUGGGAAUGUUGCUCCAGGUGGUGAAGAUGGCUUCAUGGAUCGCAUCCACUGCCUGGAACUGAUUUUUGUAAACCUCCCUUGCCAUCCAUCUCCAAAUGUUCUCACUUGGAUUUAGAUCAGAGGAACGCGCAGGAUGGUCCAAAAGAGUGAAUUGGCGCACAGCCAAUUGGAUCCUCCAGGUCAGGGCCGGUGAAAUGUUUUCCUCUACCACGUGACUUUGUUGUUUCGUCACCCCCAGGAUCUUUUAAGAAGUUUAAAAUGAACAACAUCUGCAGCAAUGGCGCGCUGCAAGAUCAACAAUCUGACCACAUUCCAAGAGAGAAAGCUUUUUUGCCUUUGCCAUCAAGAGAUCAUGACAGUGUGAAUACCUGACAGAAAAUGACACAUUUUUGCCAAUAUUUUGCCUUUUAAAGGCUGUGGUCUUAAACUUUUGAUCAGCUGGUGAACAGCAUAUUUCACUUUAAUGGUUUAAAUUGCUUACUCAAAUGUUUUUUGUCUCACUCCCAUUUUUUCUUUUUGCUUUUUGAAGCUCUGCUUGGAAUCUCCUUAAGCUCCAAGAGUGCAAAACGUAAAUUCCUGCAAUUUUUCAACUGGUCUUAAAAUGUUGAUCAGGAGUGUAUAUCUCACUAAUAAUUAAUUACAUUUCUACAAUUUGUAGAGGUUUUAAUAAAAAAAAAAAAAAACUAGCUCCAGGCCCUCUGGCCACACGUUGGACACCCCUGAUGCACAAAAUAUGCUGUUGGUUCCCCUUUGCAGCUAUACAAGAUGAAUAACUGCAAGAUGUUGGAGUAUGUCCAUUUGUGAGGUCAGAGGUCACUGAUGUUGGACCUUAGGGAGGGCUAGCUAGCUCACAAUCUCUCUUCUAGAUCAUCCACACCAAACUCAUCCGAGCAUGCCUUCAGGGGACCUUGCUUUGUGCUCUGAGAACAGACAAGAGUCUUCCCCAAACUGUUCCCAUAAGGUUGGAAGGAGGAAUGUCCCAAUUGAAAUUGCCCGAAAUGACUUCAGAUUCAAGGAGGAGAAUUCGUUGAUUAAGAGAUGUGUCCCAAGACUUUUGUCCUUAUGGUGUAUGCUGUGACACCUCUAAAAUGUAUUUAUGCAAGCUUGUCACUGAUGAGUGAAGCCUUGUUUAAAUAUGAAAGAUUUUCUGUAUUGCUUUUUACAUUAUUAACACACGCUCUCUUAGACACACACUGUCUUCCACUUUUGGUUUUCACCAACAUCUGGACACGUUAUAUUUUGCACUGAAGCUUUUUCAAUCCUAUUUUUGACGCUUUAUGCUAAAAUGUUUAUUUUUUUAUUUGUGAUUUAAACCUGCAGAGUUGCUGCAGAAUCAAAAACGUGCGUUCUGCAAUUGUCAUGGAGUGUGAUGCCAUAUGUUCUCAGCGAAGCUCCAGCAAGUGUACACUUUGUAAAAUAAUACUACAAUACUGUAUGUAGGCACCCAGGUUGAACAUUGUACAAAGAUUAGUGGUCAUCUGCCAAAGAUAUUGCAUAAUAUAACAUGUGGUUGGCUAAAAAUAUCAAAAUGAUGAAAAUGCGGAUGUACAUUUGAGUCCAGAAGUAUUUCGAGCAGUGAUUCUCAACUGGUUUGGCUGCGAGAACUAUGCGGACAAAGACAAAUUGUGGAAAUUCAACUGAAAUUUCUCAAAUACCUUGCAGCUCGAAUUUGAGGUACAGUCGUCCCUCGCCAUUUUGCUGUUCGUAUUUCACGGCUUUAUCACGGUUUCUCAAAUAUAGAGUAAUUAAUAAAUCAUGCUCUUUUGUGGUUGAAUAUGACCUAUUAUUAGUAAAAAAAAAAAUUAAAAUUGAAGCAAAUAAUACAAAUUAUUACAAAAAUACAUAAUCAUUUUCAGGCAAUGUUAAAAACCGUGUUUAGAAGGUCGUAAAGAGGUUUUCUAUGCUCUAAAUUCACUUUGGUCGGGUCGGGUCUGGAACCAAUUAACUCCAAUAAAUGAGGGGUUAUUGUAAUGCUAAAUAAAAGUGUACGAGCACAAAACAAGUUUAAUGAACAUUUCAGGAACAAUAGUUUUUUUUAUCCACAAACUGAAAAUGAUUUGAUUCUAAAUUAUAUAAAAGUUUGCUAUUCUAACGUUUGGUCUACUUGCUAGCUCAGGAGACAGAUAACAGCUUUUCAGUAAAGACCGAGUUGAGUUGAGUUGAGCCUUUACUUUCAAGUGAACGCACAUAAAUAAAACAUGUCAAUUAUAACUUACAUGACAUACAAAAUCAUUUUCUCUGUGGCAUUCAACAUGAACAAAAAUGCGCUAGCUCGAUGCUAAUUUACAUUGAAAAUCACAUCCAAGCGCUCGCGAUUAGCAUUGACGAUUUUACAUGGUAAGUUCGAACGCUUCCGAAUAUGACAAUUAAAUAGACAAAUGAGAUGUACGUUCCACUUGAACAGCUGAUAUAUAAUAUGCAUAAAAUACAGGCAAACACUUUCUAAGUCCCAACAAGAGACAGGGCUGGCACAUUCAACACCUUAAUGGCAAUAGACUACUGAUAAACGUUAUCAUGCGUCGUACAGCUAUUUCAGCUCAAGCUAAAGGUCUACAUUUCAGUCACAUAUUGAUUGGUUUUAUUUCAAAUACGUUGAGGUGGGAUAUAAACGCAAAAUCCUAAAAACACAGUCACUGUCCAAAUACUUCUGGACCUCCAUUAAGUGUGGGAGGUAUCAGGUCAGGAGAUCACAUUGCAACAUAAAGACUUAUCAAGUUGUUACAACUGGUAUCAUUUAUCACUUCUUUUACAACGUAUGUUAAUGACUGACCGGGGGAUGUAAAAAUGUGUUGAUAAAGACGCGUCCUGUUAGUGAUUUGAAUAGGGUCCAAUUAAAAGCAGACCGAAGGCCUGUACUUGUACAAAUGGGUACAAAAGUUGCAUGCCAGCAGUCUACAAAUGUUGCAGCCAUUUGUGUUUUACCGUCCAUUUGUGCUGCUUAUACUAUUUAUUUUUUCUCCUCUUAAAAGUAAACAUCUGUACAGCGUAUGUGCAGGUGUUGGGAGAAUGACAGCAAUGAAACGAACGCGCCAAUCUGACCAUAGAAACAGACACGCCAGAGUGUGCCGGAAUUCUCGAAACGUGCAUGUGGCCUUUGCUUGUAUGUAACAGAAGAAGCAUGAGCAUGAAAAUAGUCCAAAACAACAUAAACUAUCCAGUAUUUAAGUGUAUGAAAACAUAAUGUACUAAUCCAAUUGCUGUGUGUUAUUCAACUGAUUUGGGAACGUUUUUUAACACACUUGAAUGUCGUUCUCUGUUGAUAGGUUUUGCAUCUGUUGUAAAUAUGGCGGUAUAAGGCAAAUAAUGGACUUCAAAAACAAGGAUGUCCAAGUUAUACUAUGCAUUAGUUGUAAUAAUAAGGUUACUUUGAAAUUUGUAAUGUUUUAUUUUGUAAUGUCUUAGCGGAAUGCAUCUAAUAAGACUCUCUGGACAUUUCAGUGGGUACACUUGCACAAUAGGUCUAAUACAAGCUGGGUGAAAAAUGUAAAAAAUAUUACAUGUGGUUGUAGGCUGGAGUGGUCCACAAUUGACUAUCAUAAAACAUAAUAAAUAUAAUGAAACAUGAUCAAAAGAUCAUCUAAAAUAAGUUACUAAUACAGUAUAUGCGAAUAAAAAAUACAGUCAAACCUCGGUUUUCGUACGCCUCAGUUUUUGUAUGAUUCGGCAAAAUUCACCAAAAUUUUGCCUCGGUUUUCGUCCACAAUCUCGGUUUUCUUACAGUAUUGCUCGUAACAAACCCUGUACGGUAUCGUUCUGUGAAAUCGAGUGGCCAAACAAAGCACCCUAUGCGUUGCUGACUCAGUGUCCGUGCAUUUUUUUAUUAAAUAACCCACCAUGGGGCCAAAGAAAGUUGUAAGUGCCAGCAAUUUGCUAAAGAUGGUGACAAACACUAUUGAAUUCAAUCUUGCCAAGAUGUACGGGGAGUCUACAUCAACAAUAAUAACUAUUAGACACUUAAAAUUACUUUGCAUUGUUUUUUGCAUGUAAAACAUAUUGAAAAAAAAUUUUUUGUCAAUAUUUUUGCUGUCUGGAAUGGAUGAAUUGGAUUUCGCAUGAGAAAAAUAGCACGUGAAUUCAACAAAAAAGCGAAACAUGCGCAUUUUUUUUAAAUAGCGCUUUUUGUUUUCAGCAGAGUCCCCAAGCGGCACACAAAGUUCAAAAAUUGGCUUGAUUUUUCGAUAGACCAGAGUUCUUCAAAAUGAGGGUCUUCGCCCAAAAUGGAUCACUGGUCAAUUGCAAAAUGAUAUUAUUGUAAUGAAUAAUGUAAACUGAGGUACCGCUGUAUAAAUAGUAUAAAUACAGGACCUUGUUUGGCUACAGUGGGGGCAAUUUAUUAAAAAGUACAACCACAAUAUUAAACCUCGUUGUCAAUGACAAUUAUUGUACGUUUUUGACACAGCUUAUUAGACGUGUAGGUGUACCUCAUAUUUUUGGCGUUAUAAUUUUUUAUUUUUUUUUAUUUUUUACAAGAUCACUCCUUGCUUUAUCUCAUAUGUAUUUCUUAUUACCGGUAUUCUUUUCAUUUGCAUUCUUUUCUCUGCUAAACCAGUCGCUAAUGUGUCUUUUUGUUUGUGUUGUGUUGUUAAGCAUCACUCCUUAAAUGUGCAGCUCCUGCUCCCACAUGCUUUAUUCAGCGGUACUGUUUCCAACGAGACACAGUGUGUGCGAUACAAGGAUGCCUUCAAAGCAGUUGAUUGUGCGGUUGUGGCUAGAAUUGAUUGUUUCUUGUGGAUUAGAGCUAUUGUUAGCGUCUGACACCAAUGAUGUAGCACCUUUUGUCUUUUAUGACGCGGCCACUAUUUUUUCCCUUCUUAUUGUUUUCAGUCUCUGUCUGUACAGAAUUGUAAUAUUUUAGCUUGUCUGUCUGUUUGUUUGUUGCAGAGGUUGUAUUUUACACUCUGCGUGUCUUCUGUUGCAUCACGAGUGCCUUGACAUUUUUACGAGUGACACCAUGUUUGUUUGUGGGAGGCGAAUGAUGGAGAAUGUGAUGUCAAAACAAUUUCAAUAUGCAGCGCUGCUGAAUGACGCAGUUGUUCAACUAUCAUUGGCACACCAUGAAGAUGUUUCAUAAGAGAUUAGAAGUGCUAAUUGUGUAAAAGUCUUUUGUCCCUCGUCGCGUAACGUCACCUUAUUUCCUCAAACGGCAGCAGGUGCUGUGGUGUACUCGGCUGCAGAGAGUACCCGGUCUUUUUUGGAUAAAUGCUUGUUUAUGUGUAGAGCUAUAAGCGCUGAUAUCAGUUAAAUGCCCCCUCCUGUGUGUUUAACUGGUUCACAUUUGUAUCCUUUUAUGAUUGGUUCCUUUCAGUGAGGCAGUUGGAGACAGAAGACGACUGAAUAGAAGACAACCCCUCUUUUUCAAGACUGGUUUUUGACGAAAAUAGACCAAAUUGAUCUUUUUUUAAGUUGUUUCCAACAACUUUCAGGUUGCAAUAAAAAAGGAUAUCCUGUUCCUCAGCUGCUUGACAGUUGUUUGAUGACUCUGCCGCACUGAUCACCAGUCUCUUCAAAUUAACAUCGUAGCUCCUCCACUGUUGUUGGCUAACAUGCCAAAAACCUUUUUGAGACACUUUUUUUGUGAGUGACAGCAAGAAAAGAGGGGACAAUUUGUUUGGUGCCACCUGCUGGUUUGCAACUAUAAAUUUUUAAUUAAGAAGGUUGGAAGAAUUGAAGGCGACUCCUAAAAAAAAAAUAGGGUUUUAUGUUGAAGUCAGAGCAGACAAGCCUAAGUCAACCCUGCACUUGCAGGAUAGCUGGAAGGUGACAUGUUUUGUUUGUCGCACGUUCCAUUAGUUAAGUGCUUUGUUUCUUUUUCAACCCAGGUUGGUUUGUCAAAAAAUGGCUGUCCCCAAACAUUUUCAGCCCAAAUGAGAAAUUUGAUUCCUCCCUAGGACCUAAAUUUACUAAAAUCACGUACAGUAGAUCCCCGCUAUUUGCAGAGGUUACCUUCCAAGACGACCUGCGAAUCGCCAGUAAUUGAGAUUAUUUUUCGCGCACAGCUCGCCCUGCAUGCUCCAAACCCUCCUACUAGCUUGAUGUUGAUGUUCUCCUUCGAGUUCAGAUCAACAUUUGCAAUAAUAAUAAGUGAUUAUAGUUGACUAUAAUUAUUACAUUACAUUCAGCUCCAGAAGCCUCCCUUCUCUCGUUGAUUGCUAUUGUUCACUCACGACACAAUCCAGCUUUAAGCCCGAAAUAUGCCUCACACACUUCUCAUUCAACUCAUUCAAUCCCAGCCGUUUUUCAAUCACUCCCAUACCGGUCAUUUUAGACUAUUUUUGAUGUGUGCACGCGCGUGUGCAUGCGUUAAAACGUCCCUACAAUGCGUAACGUUCUGCAAGAGACACUCCCCCACGUUCUUCCACACCCUCCUUGCUGUCAUGUAUGUUUUUUCCAUUCACAUUCACAUGCCAAGCGCUUAUCAAAUGCACUUCUGCCACCCUGUGGCCGUUUUUAUGGCUUAAAACCGCUCUAAAAGUGACACCCAUUAGCGUGCCGUUGCGUCUUUUUGCCUCUCAAACAAAAAAACUUAAAAGAUGUGUAAAUACGUCUUUGGGAUCGGGCGCUCGGGUUUAUAAAAACGUAUAAAUACGUCUUUGGUAUUGAAUGAGUACGAUGCAUUUAAAGUAUAAAAUGCAUACUCGCCACUAAUGGAUAAUAAUGGAAGGUGAUCAAAGUCACAUGGAAGCCUUUUGCCUGGUCGUCAGGCAAGUGCUAGAGGCUAGCAGGCCAGAGAAGGUGUUUCUCCGAGCUGCGUCUAGAUAAUCCACACUGCUUCCAGUAAUCAUUUAAGAUUAUAUAUUACUUUGCGCUCGCCUCGCUGCGAGAUUUGAGGCUGUUGUGAGUCAAAGCCAGUGCUUCAUUUACUUUCACAUCUCUUUUUCACACCACCAUGGUGGGUUCAAGGACUGCCGAACAGAGUGCAAAAUCUCAAAGCUUGCCGAAAAAGCAUUUUUAGUGAAACAUAAAGACAUAAACAUGUAAAAAUGGUGGGCUGUCUAACAGUGGUACGUGUACGCUGUACAUUUUACCUGUACUAUCAUCACAUAUUUAUAAACUAUGAGUGACUCAUGGUGAAUGAGAUGCGUUUUCUGCGGAAAAAAAAACCCAACUAAAAAUAAUCGAAAUACUUUUUUCACCAAAAAUCUGAAGGAGGAAUCGCAACUAUGCAGGGAUCCACUGUAUUGCCAAAACAUUUACACCAACAAAGGAAAAAACAUCUUACUGGGACAUUUGCAACCCAAUGGAAAUUGACCCAAGGAAAGGAACUUUGUGUGCUGCUUGGGGACUCUGCAGAAAACAAAAAGCUCCAUUUAAAAAUCUGAAACAUGUAGCGUGUUUCUUGUUUUUUUUGUUGACUUCACUGUCCUGCUGCUGUGAUGUCACCUAUAUAUGAAUACAUAUGAAUCAGGGGGUAUUGUACUGUACCGUGUGUUGCUAUUUUUUGCCCUAUCUAUUUGAGGUGAAGUGUUUAUGUGACAAACGGUCUCAUUAGGCCACUUUUUUAGGAUAUGCGGUACAUGACUCGUCGUUCAACAUCUUUGCGGAUGGUUUGCCCACGUUGACUUCCAUUUUCCCCAUAGGCAUAAUCUCGUGUCAUCUCUGGUUCUGGUUCUGUGUGGUUCCGGCUGGUGCUGCCUUGUAUGUAAGGACGUGUUUGCCUCAGUGGUUUUCGCCGAGGCUCCAUACGAGUAGCAAAUCGAUUUCGGGAAACGUCAAAAUCUGUCUUGCACUUUAUAUUUUUGUAGAUAAUAUAUAUUUAUUUUUUUUAUUUAUUACUGUUGAAUAAAUUAUUGUCUCACAUUACCCGUGUCUUGCUUGAAAGUGAAAGAAGAAUUUGUGUGUGUGUGUGUUUUUUUUUUUAUUACUGCAGUGUCAAAUCCAGUGCAUUUUUAGAUUUAUGCAGUACACACAGUGCACUUUGUCCAGGUUAUGCAAGUAGACGCCAUGACUACUCAACACAAUACAGUACUGCCGCUAACCCGGACUAGAAACACCUCCCAAGGUUGUUCUUCAAGUUUGUUCUAAGCCCUCUUGAAAAUUCUUUUAGCGUCCACGCCUUCAUAGUUGUAGUUCUGCGGGAGGAAGACAAAAGCGUCAUACAACCUAAGGGGCUCAUUUGUGAUGGAUUGCGUGGUUCAUCAUGUGUGCCCCACCUGUAUGAGCUCAUCUCCUUGCACAAUUCUGGUGGUUGUCAGUUGCUUGCCGUUGUCUUUCCUGUUGAAAAUGCCCUUCAGCAUGUCCCCCUCCAUGGCCCAUGCGCCCUGCAGGGGGUCACGUCCAUUCAAAUAUUAUUUAUAUGGCACCGAUUCAAAGUUUUGAAGACUCUUUCUCGUUGAGGUAACUUCGGUUGUGUAUUGUUCAUAAGUUUCUGGACACAUUCUCAUUCAAUAGCAUGAAAAAGUGUCUCCAAACUUAUGAUUGGUUCUUUACAUGAAAGAAAACCAACAGAACUUUGUCAAAUGAGCCAACACUGGCGACAGAGGCAAGGAAAAACCUCAAACGGGGACUCAAAUUUAGUUCAAAGUUGUUUUUGUGAUCUUUUCCACAUGAAAUGUGUUCUUUUUCCACAGGGGCUUAAAAAUCCCAUUUGCGAAUCAUAUCGGUACAAAAAACAAACAGCCAAAAGGUCAUUACAUCGUGCAUUACGUCACGACUUCAGUCCAGCGAGCAUCGUAAGCCAGAGAGUGAAGUUACUGCGACACGUCCUGGCUGCUCAGUAUGUGUUAAAGUGACAAUAAGUGUAAUACUAUAAAAAAGGGGGCUUAAUAUGAAGUGAAAAAGCCUGGCAAUGUCAAUUUUCCAUCAUUUCCUACAGGAAAAAACGAUCUGAAACAAAACUGGAGGUUGACCCGAUUGUGUUUAACAUCAGAGGUUCCACUGUAAAUGUAGAAGUAAACUAUCAGUUGAACAUGUUCACCUUAGAGUAUUUCCCAGAUUUCUCAACUAUACUCCUCAUUUCUAGAAAUGUAGCAUCACUGUUCCGCCCCGGUACAACCAGUGCCAAAAUAAAAGCCCUGCUGUCAGUUGCAGGCUGUGUUGUCUGCACACAAAUCAACUCUUGCAACCCUAAAGGUUCAAAAUCUGAUUUGUUGGGUUUAUGAACGGAGCAGCAACACGCUGACACCAAACGUCAGCAGUCGUGUCUUGUUUGGUUUACUUACAGAUAGUUCCGUCCCGUCGGCCAGGCUGUACUCAAAGGUGACACCCAGGGUGAAGUCUAUUUCCAGGGUGCGGAAAUUGCUGCUCUCCUUGACGUGGAACUUGUCUCCGUUCUGCGAGAUGGUGAUUUUGAGGUUGUCGUGGGCGGCCAGCUUCCUCUUCACCAUGUUGAUACCUGUCAACAGGCGCAAAACGUUAAAGGUGUGAAUCACUCUUUGGGCCAUGCAAAGGCAUGGCUUUUUGUUUGCCUCUGUAGCUUUAUGCACUGUAGGUGUGUUCAGGUGGGAUAAUCUUCCAAUUCAAGUGGCUCGUAAACGUGAUUUGACAUUGUGGCCCUUAAUAAGGAACCGCAUUUGGGAACCACAGUCCUCACGAAAAGGCAGUAGAAUAAAAUCAACACUGGUAACAAUAAAGACAGCUUGUAGUUGUAUAUACUGUACUGUAAAAAAAAAAAGUUAAAAUAAAUGAUUAUAUUACAUCAAGAUGAUUAC